AUGUUGUGGAAGAUCUGAAUGAUAUUCGUCAACUAUCCUUGAAUCCAAAACUUGAUAAGUAUGAAGAACAAUUGUUACUUGAAGGACAAGCAAAAUCAAAUCAGGAAGGAAGUGGAGAAGUGGACUUAUUUAACCCCACACCUGUUAAUAAUGACAUCAGUACAAAAGAGGACAUCACUGAACUUGACUUGUUCAGCCUCGCACCUCCUGUGACCAAUGUCAGUACAAAAACGGCAUCAGCCAGUAUUGAUCUUGGUGCUGAAUUAUUUUCACCUGCUAUACCUCCAGCUUCAGAACCUGCCUCAAAUCCUGCAAAUCAGCUGCAGCAAUUAUCACCUGGAAUGCUGCAACAGGCAGCCUGGGGACAACAGAUGUCUCCUAAUUUUGGCCAGAUGAAUUCAGCACAAGGAGUACAGUCUCCUCAGUUUGGACAACCUGCCAUGCCAUGGGGUCAGCAGAUGCCUUUUGGACUAACAUCACCAACACAACCUCCUCAGUGGGGUCCAACUGGACAGCCACCAUUAUGGGGUCAACAAUCUAUGACUUGGAGACAGCCAGGAUCUGGAGCACAAUCAGUGGGCUGGGAGCAGCUACCUACACCACAGUCUGGUAUGAUAACCCCACCCGGACAUGCAUCACAAGGAGCCUGGGGGCAAGCUACCCCAUUUGGUAAUCCACUUCCAAUGUAUUCUACUGCUAUGGCCAUGGGACCAGUAGUAUCCCCUCUAGCAUCACCAGUUCAAGCUUCCACACCUAAUCCGUGGCAAACUGGAGUACCAAGUUCACAACCUGCAGCACAUUCUACAACCUCAUCUUUUCCAGCUGUAAGUACUGGAUACCAGUUUAAAUUCUAA